AUGAGUGUGAACCAGAGUGUGAAUCAGAGUCUGACUCUGCUUGAAGAGUCAGUCUCAGUACCAUCCAUGUGGAUGCCCAAGUACAAGGACCGGAGGUUGCCCCUUCGGACUACAGCGUGUUGCCAUGGCUACAGAGACCCCAAGCGAGGUACCGACAUGUAUGCACCAGACAGCUUCAAGCUCCUCUGGACCAAACUCCACAAAACCAUAAACUUCAGCAUCAUGGAGGAAUCAGAUAUGUACGUGUACGUAACAAACAUAACACCAGCGCAUUCUGGCCAAGGGAAGAAUUUAGCAGAGAGCUCACAGAAGGUUGAUGCAUACGAGAACAUAUCUCAGUCUCUGGAGACGAGCACAGUUGGGACUUCACUCUCAGAUGCUCAAGACGUAAAGAAGAAGUCAUACAGAAUAGCAACAGUUUGUCUUGGUCUGCUGUGUGCUCUCCUCCUGACUGGACUCAUUGUUCUGGCUGUCCUGUAUACAACGCACGUCUCUGAGUGGAAAUCAGGUUACAAAGAGUUACACAUCAAUAUUAAUAACAUAACAGAAGACAGGAACCAGCUACAGACCAGUUACAACAACCUUUCCAGUGAACGAGACCAGCUACAGACCAGUUACAACAACCUGGCCAGUGAACGAGACCAACUACAGACCAAUUACAACCACCUGGCCAGUGAACAAGACCAACUACAGACCAGUUACAACAACCUUUCCAGUGAACGAGACCAACUACAGACCAGUUACAACAACCUGGCCAGUGAACGAGACCAACUACAGACCAGUUACAACAACCUGGCCAGUGAACGAGACCAACUACAGACCAGUUACAACAACCUUUCCAGUGAACGAGACCAACUACAGACCAAUUACAACCACCUGGCCAGUGAACGAGACCAGCUACAGGCCAGUAACAACAACCUGGUCAACCAACGAGACCAACUGCAGACCAGUAACAACAACCUGGUCAACCAACGAGACCAGCUACAGACCAGUAACAACAACCUGGUCAAUGAAAAGAACCAGCUGCAGAGUAAUUACAACAAUCUUGUCAAUGAAAAACAACAGCUUCAGAAGUCUCUGGAACAGUUGACUAGCUGGAGGAGUGACCUGCCCAGAAGGCUUCAAGCUCACAAUGGAUGGGUGUAUUUCAGCGGUAGUUUCUACUUUGUGUCUUCUCUGGAGAGGUCCUGGAAUGAAGGCAGGGCCGACUGUCGGAGCAGAGGUGCUGACCUGAUGAUCUUCAACAGCAGAGAAGAACAGAGCUUUGCUAGAACCUUUAAAAAGCGCCUGUGGGUCGGACUGACGGACAUACAGACAUCGGGGAUCUGGAAAUGGGUGGAUGGGACUCCUCUGACCACAAGCUACUGGGCCCCUGGAGAGCCAAAUGGAGGACAUGAACACUGUGCAGAAACAAUGAAAUUUGAUUUGGAAAACAGUUUGAAUGAUGCACCGUGCAGCACCCGACACUACUGGAUCUGUGAAAAGAGAUUCGCUCUGUAGCACAGCGUCACAACUCACACAGACAGACAGAGAUGAGGAUAUAAAAGAAAGGAAUAUACGCUUUAAAGUCCUGCUUUACUAACAUUUGUACAAGCAAUAACAAGAUGCUCAGGGCAGAAGUGUUAGGCAGAGUCUUGCAUUCUCACUCAGCAAUGCUUCUGCAGUUUAAUGUUUGAUAUCUGGUUCAUAUUAAAAGCUGAAAAAGAGCUUUUGUACAAACUGUUACUGUCACUCCACUUAAACAUGCAUUAACAGGGAUUAACAAUACAGCUGUGAAAAGGUAUUUGCCCCUUCCUGAUAAGUCACACUUCAACGUUUCAGAUCCUCAAACAAAUUUUAACAAUAGGCAAAAAUAAUCUGACUUAAAAAAAAGGUCUGUCUUUAAAUGAUGAUCUCAUUUAUUAAGACGAAAAAGCCAUCAGAGGAAUGUAUAGUCCAGAUCUGUGAACUCACCAAGUAGUGACAACUUUGAGUCUGUGUGCUUAGGUCUCAAUCAGGCUCAAACAUCUGGACUCUGCAAUUUGUCUCCAUUCUUUUUUGCAAAACUGCUCAAGCUCUGUCAGGUUGCACAGGGAUCAGGCAUUAACAACACUUUUUAAGUCCUGCCACAAAUUCUCUAUUGGAUUAAGGUCUGGGCUUUGACUCGGCCACUCCAGGACAUUCACCUUGUUAUCUUUAAACCAUUUCUGUGUAGCUUCCCUG